AUGACGGCCGAUUACAACGAUGGGCCGGCCGUCGCCCUUUCUUUCGCCAACAACUUCUGGGGUAAAGACGAUGCCGGUGUCGGACCCCUGCUCGAGCGCAUGGCAAACGCCAAGCUCACAUGCGAUGAACUCAAGAACUUCUACAGCGCCCGCGCAUCUAUCGAAGACGAUUACGCCCGAAAACUACUCUCGCUAUGCCGCAAGAACCUGGGUUCGCAGGAGACGGGGACUUUGAGACAGUCGCUGGAUAUUGUCCGGGCUGAAGUCGAGUCGAUGGGCAAACAGCAUCAGCAUAUCGCGCAGCAAAUGAAGAGCGAACUCGAGGAACCCCUGGCUGCGUUUGCUGGUGGGAUGAAGGAGCGACGAAAGAUUGUGCAGAACACGGUGGAGAAGCUGCUCAAGACCAAGGUGCAGCAGACGCAGAUGGUCAACAAGACGAGAGACAAGUACGAGCAGGAGUGUCUCAAGAUCAAGGGCUACCUCGCGCAAGGGCACAUGGUCAUGGGCCAAGAGGAGAGAAAGAAUAAGGCGAAGUUGGAGAAGACACAGAUCAGCUUGGCUGCCUCCAACGCCGAGUACGAGGCUGCGGUCAGGGCGCUGGAGGAGACAACGGCGAGGUGGAACAGGGAGUGGAAGGCGGCGGCUGACAAGUUCCAGGAUUUAGAGGAGGAGCGCUUGGAUUUCACCAAGAGCAGCCUCUGGCAGUUUGCGAAUAUUGCGUCGACUGUCUGCGUUAGUGACGACUCUUCCUGCGAAAAGAUCAGGCUGUCCCUGGAACAUAUGGAGGUGGAGAAGGACAUAAUAACGUUCAUCACCGAGAAGGGGACUGGCCAGGAGAUUCCGGAUGCGCCAAAGUACAUCAACUUUUGCCGGGGGGAUAUGGAUUCCCAGUCGGAGGUGUCGGACGAUGAUAAUUAUUCGGUCGCGCAGUUUUCGAGGAGUAUAAACCCGGCUUUCCGCUCUUCGUCGCCACAACCCUCGACUUUUGAGUCUCAUCACGAUCCGAACUCGGCAUUGGCACGGAAGCUUCAUGGUGAUCCUGAGCCGGCACGAGGCCAAGCGGCGGCGUUGCCUCAGAAGGCGAUUGCUGCUGCGGUCCCGGUUAUUCCCCAGCAAGACUUGAAACAAGAUCAACGGAGGGCAGCGCCUAGAGGCUAUCAGUCUCCUCAAGCCAGCAACAUGGACUACGACCCCAACGAGUUCGCGCCUGUUCCUCACGAUCCCUACCCAAUGGAUGGCAUGACCAUGCUCUGCCGGCCCACAGCUUCAGACCUCAGCACGGCGCCAUCUGCCACAUCGGCCCGACCCUCUAGCAGAGGCUCCCACAGCGAGACGUCCUUCUCUAGUCAAGAACCGCCCCAGCAAGCCAUGGCGCCCGUCAAACAGCAGCAGCAGCAGCAGCAGCAGCCACCAGCCCAACAGCGCCAACCCCCUGUCCAACAACAGCAACAGCAACCACCUCAACAACUCCAACAACAGCAACAGCCCCAACAAGGCAGUGAGUCCCCCGACAAAAAGGUCCUCAAGAAGAAGAGCGGGUUCUUUGGAAACAACAGUCCCUUCCGCAGAAAGAGCAUCAAGGAAGUCGCCCCCAACAGCAGAAACACCUGGCACCCCACCAACAACCAGCGUCCCCAGCUCACGGGGGCUUUUAACAAGAGCAACGACCAGGUCAUCACCCCCGACCGAAGCGUCAGUCCCGAUCCCAUUGCUGCCAAUGCUAGCCUCGCACUCAACGUGGGAGGAAACGUCUUCCAGGUUGACGACACUGCUCGUCAAAAACAGCAAGCUUCGCCGGCUACACCAGAAGACGACCCAAUUGCUAUGGCGCUUGCGGAGCUGAAGGGGGUGACAUCGGGGAGUAACAAGAUGAAUGGUAGCGGGGGUGGGGGAAGGGUGUCGGCAGAUCACUAUCAUGGUAUUGCCACGCCCGCUCCUGGAGGGAGGUCGGGAGCGAUGAGUGUAAGCGGGAACAGCGCUGUUGUUGCUGCCAUGAGGGGGACGCCGCCGCCAAGUUAUGAUCAGCAGGUUCAGGUUCAGCGGUUGGGGGUGCCGCCGCCGGCGGUCACGUCCAAGGCGAUGAAGGCGGCUUCGGAGAAGUUCCAGACGCAGACGAGGAGCUUGUUUGAUGGGGGACGGCCGGGGUCUGGGGGGGGUGGUGGGGGGGAUUAUGCUAGGAGUAUGUCGAGGCCGGGGACGAGGGGGAAUGAUACGGUCAGGGCGGCGAGUCCGGCGCCGACGAGGAGUGCUAGUCCUAGGCCGGGGUCGAGGGCUAGUCCCAGUGUCGGGUAUGGGAAUGGGAGUGCGAGUCCGAAUAUGUUUUCGAGUUCGACGGGGAGUCAGCAUCAGAGUCAGCAGCAUCGGGGGUCUGUGUCGUCGCAGCAGCAGCAUAGGGGGAGUUAUUCUGGUCGGUAUGAGCAGCCCGGGAGGGGGUCGCCGAGCGUGAUGGGUGAUGGGAGGAGUGCGAGCCCGGCGCCGUAUAGUCAGAGGCCGGCGAGUAGUAUGUCGGGACACCAGAAUCAUUCGAUGGCGCUUUCGGUGGCGGGGUCGAUCCCGACGGGUGGUGGUGGGGAUGAGGGGAGUUUGUAUGGGGGGAGUCAGAGGGGGAGGCAUGCGAGGAGCAAUACGGCCGGGAACGUCAGGGCGGGGAGCAGUGGGAAUGUGGUGGCGAGCAAUAUGAGUUUGUAUGAGGGGAGUGGUGGGAAUGGAGGGGCGAGCAGGGCGAGGAGCAAGAGUGUUGCUGCUGGGGGGGCUGGGGGGAGGGAUAGGCAGGUGGGGGAUCCGGGGACGUACACUAGGGAUGGGAGGGCUAUUAUGCAUUUUGCUCGAGCACUGUAUAUGUACCAAGCGGCGAUUCCGGAGGAGCUGGGGUUUGCAAAGGGGGAUGUUUUGGCUGUGUUGAGGCAUCAGGAUGAUGGGUGGUGGGAGGCGACGGUGCAGGGUGGGAAUGGGCAGGUUGGGUUGGUGCCCAGUAACUAUUUGCAGCCUCUGAGUUAG